AUGUUUAAAAAAUAUAAGAAUCAAGAUCUAGAUAUGGCCUUUUGGUGGAAGAAAAAUCCAAAGACCUCAUCGGACUAUGUCAAAUUAGUCGAAGAACAAUUAUCAAAAAUUAGCAGCUCUACAUCGGCAGAUAGUAAAAAAAAAGUACAAGAAGAAUGUUCCAAGUAUCUGAUGGGACUGAAACAUUUCAUUAUUGGUGAUACUGAUCCAAAACCAACGCCAGAGGCACUCGAUGAGUUGUAUUUGGCUAUACUCCGCGCGGACUUAUUCUAUGAUUUAAUAAUACAUUUUAAUGAUUUGGAGUUCGAAGCAAGGAAAGAAGUUGCUUUAAUCUUUUCAAUAUGUUUGGGAUACUCAAAGGAUAAUAAAUUUGUCACUGUCGAUUAUCUUGUUUCCCAACCUAGAACCAUAACGUUAAUGUUACGGAGUAUUGAAUUAGCAUUACAAAACAAAGGACCAUCACAAGAUAUUUUUCUUGUGUUAGGGAAUAUGAUAAUAGAAUGUAUCAAAUAUGAGCAACUGUGUAGAGUUGUUCUGAAGGAUCAACAAUUAUGGAAGUUUUUCGAAUUUGCUAGAUUACCAAAUUUUGAAAUUAGUACUGAAUCUUUACAAAUAUUAAACAAUGUUUUUACAACACAUUCGAAUCUAGUAUCGAAAGAAUUUUUUUGCAAUGAAUAUAACAGAACUAAAUUUAUUCGUUAUAUCAAUAAACUGAUGGCAUACGGUAAUUAUGUUACAAAGAGACAAAGUACAAAACUGCUAGCAUCAUUAAUUGUUAUAAGAUCGAAUAACCAAUUAAUGAAUCAAUACAUUGAUUCAGCUGAUAAUUUAAAAUUAAUUAUGACUUUAAUGACGGAUAAGUCCAAGAAUCUUCAACUGGAAUCAUUUAAUGUAUUUAAGGUGAUUGUCGCUAAUCCAAGAAAAACAAAGCCUGUAUUCGAUAUAUUGACUAAGAAUAGAACAAAAUUAUUAAAAUAUUUUGAAACUUUCGGUCUUGACAAUCAGGAUAAUACUUUUGUAGAUGAAAGGGAUUUUAUUAUAAGACAGAUUGAAGGACUUCCAAGAAUCGUAUCAUCAAACGAAGGUAACUCGCCUAGUGGAAACACUGGGGAUUCUUCCAUUAUUUCAACUUCUCCUAUUAGUGAUUCGACAAGUGGGAACAUUAUGACCCGUAGUAAUCCCGGAAGUGUUUAA